UUACUAGCUUCAGACUGUCAUAGUCACUCCCACUGUUAUAAAGAUGAAGAGGACGAGGCUGAGGUGGAGGAGGAGGAGGAAGGGAGAGGCGAUGGAGGAGGACGAAGAGAAGGAGGAGGUGGCGAUGGAGGAGGAAGAAGAGGAGGAGGAGGUGGAAGAGGAGGAGGGGGAGGCGGUGGACAAGGAGGAGGAAAAGGAGCAAGCGAUGGAGGGAGAAGAGGAGCACGACGAGGAGGAGGAGGAAGAGGAGGAGAAGAAGAAAAAGGCGAUGGAGGAGGAGGAAGAGGAGGAAGAGGAGGAAGAGGAGAAGGAGGACCACGAGAGGAGGACAACUAUGCUGGGGUAGCGGUUGACUCCCCUCACCUCCGCCUUUUUUGUGUUUUUUUUUUUCAAUCAAUCGGCUGGAUCCCG